UACUGUGGUCGUCCGUGAACGUUAAUCUCGUAAUUGUCAUAUUUCCGACAACAUUGCAACUAGGCAGCGUUUGACAGCAGCCUGCCCUUGGCUAGCCGAGCUAGCCAUAGCGAGCUAAACAACGAAUACAAAUCCUCUGCAUUAACUGUAUGUGAAGUUGUCGCUGGGUUGUUACAGGUUCUGCGUUUGCAUAGCCCCCUGCCCCCCUCAGGUCAGAGCUGAGGGUUGGGGUCAGGUCUUAGGCUAAUGUCAUACAGACCUGGUGAAGAGGGGGGUCUAUCUCAGGCUUUCCCAAACGUUGACACUCAAGACCAAUUUGACAGUCCUACUCAGACUGCGGCCACGGGAAACACACCUGAGCAUCAGGUGUCGCCUGUGGUGGAUGAGGCCUCUCCUUCUUCUGCAUCCUCCUUUGAGAUGCUUGACAUGGAGUCAGUCCCAGUUCCUUAUCAGGAAGUGCAGCCUCACUGGUUCUUCUGUCGACGGGCAGAGGACACCACCUCCUGGCUUCCUUUCAGCAGAGAAGACUCUGACAAACUAGAGAAUGCCUUUAACACUGUAGGAGAGAAGGAGGAGGAGGUGGUGGCUGUGGAUGGAGACCGUUAUGACGUACGAGUCAAGGAGAGGAAGCGCUACGCUGUUUACUGGGAGCAAGCUCCCACUGAAGUCCGACGCUGUACCUGGUUCUAUAAAGGAGAUAAAGACACCAGGUUCAUGCCUUACCCUGAGGACUUCAGUAAAAACCUGGAGGAGGCCUAUAUGAUAGCAAUGACUUUGGACGAAUGGAAGAGGAAGCUGGAGUUUCCCACUGGAGAAACUGUCAUCUUACACAAUCCCAAGCUGAUAAUGCAGUACCAGCCAAUAGGAUUUCAGGAUGAGUGGGUGUCCUCUCCCUCGGAGCAGACUCGGCCUCGAACAGUCAAAAGGGGAGUGGACAACAUCUCUGUAGAAAUACCCGAUGGUGAACCAGAAAAGGUGGACCACCUUGUCUUUAUGGUCCAUGGCAUCGGUCCUGCAUGUGACUUGCGCUUUAGAUCCAUCAUACAGUGUGUAAAUGACUUCAGGAGUGCUUCCCUGUCCCUCCUGGCCUCUCAUUAUAAGCGUGCUCAGCAGGACGGCCAGGUAGGAAGAGUGGAGUUCCUCCCAGUCAACUGGCACAGCGCUCUACACGGAGAUGCCACUGGUGUGGACGAGGACAUCCAGAGGAUCACUCUACCCAGCAUCAGCAGGCUAAGACAUUUCACAAAUGACACUCUGCUGGACCUGUUUUUCUAUAACAGCCCCACGUACUGCCAAACCAUAGUGGACACAGUGGCCUCAGAGAUCAACAGGCUGCACACUCUCUUUAAACAGAGACACCCAGAGUUCAAUGGGGCAGUUUCAGUAGUAGGCCAUAGCCUAGGUUCGCUGAUCCUGUUUGACCUGCUGACCAAUCAGAGGACUGGAUCAGAAGUCAGAAAGGGGGUGCCCUCUGAAGCACCUUCACAUCUGAACUGUGAUACACUGGAGCAGAUUCUGACUAGACUGGGCUUGCAGCAGUUCCUGGAUAUACUACAGGCAGAAAACCUAGAUCUGGAAUCACUUGCUCUUUGCCAAGACAGUGAUCUCAAAGAUUUAGGAAUUCCUCUUGGACCUCGGAAGAAGAUCCUGAACUACGUGAAGAGGAAAUGGCUGCCAGAGGACUGUAAGACGGGGGCAGGACGUCUGGUUCCAGGGUUGCAAGUUCCACUUCAAAUGACCAGUGAUUAUGAUGGUAACCAGACCUCAGGAUUGACAAUGCAGCAGUCCCAGUUCCACAGGGCGCAGUCCGUCACCAGUGCUGUAGACUACGAAUACUUUGACAUGGGCAUCGGACAGGUGUCCAUUGAUUACCCACAACUGGCUUUCCACCCUCAUACCUUUUUUGCUUUCGGCUCUCCUAUUGGAAUGUUCCUGACCGUUCGUGGGCUUAAACACAUUGAUCCCAACUACAGCUUCCCAACCUGCAAGAGGUUUUACAACAUCUACCACCCGUAUGACCCUGUGGCCUAUCGGAUUGAACCAAUGAUUGUGUCAGAGGAGGAUCUGGAGCCCAUGCUGAUCCCUCACCAUAAAGGCCGCAAGAGGAUGCACCUGGAACUUAAGGAUAGCUUGACCCGUAUGAGCAUGGAUUUGAAAAACAAUGUGUUGGGAUCGUUACGGACAGCAUGGCAGUCCUUUUCCAGACUGCCGGUUGCUGCACUGCCCCCGGUGGAAGAGAGAGAAACCGCAAUAAGGAGAGACCUUCAAGAGACACAUGCCUCAGCGGCAGUCACUGUUUCUGCUAAGAGGGAAGAGAAAAGUGCUGAUUUUUGGACUAAAAUACUGGAGUGGCCAUGGGCCCUUCAUAAGAAUUACUUCCAAGGAGUGUUUGAGGAGUCAGAUGCCUCAGGGUCAGUAGAGCAGACAGAACAGCCUGAGAUUAAAGUGGGGAUGCUGAAUGGAGGACGAAGGAUUGACUAUGUACUUCAGGAAAAACCCAUCGAGAGCUUCAAUGAAUAUCUGUUUGCCAUCCAGUCUCAUCUGUGUUACUGGGAAUCUGAGGAUACAGCUCUCCUGCUACUGAAGGAGAUCUACGACAAGCUAGGUGUGGCCUUUGAACAGCCACAACAGUGAUAAAGUGUUAUAAAUGUAGAAUUGUUUUUGUUUUUUUAUCAUGACAGUAACGUGGAAGUGAUAAAAUCAAGGACAGCCAAUCUUCCAGAAUGCCUUACCAUCUGGCUGUUACCAGACUACCCCACCCUCUCCUCCCUUGACAGUGGAGACUGUUUGGCUGCAGCGUGGUGAUCUUGGUUCAGACAUGUCAGUCAACCUUAAUUUGGCUUCAUGGUGCUGCCUAAACUCCCACUGCACGACCGGGUUGGGUGUCUGACAGUGGUUUCACAGUCCACCCAAACAUCACUGUUAUGUUCCUGGUUGCACAUUUCUGUCCAUUUUGAGUCAUUCUUUAUUUAAUUUACUUUGCACUUUUAUUUACCAGCAGUUGUUGACAUAUCAUAUAAUAUUGAAAGCAAUGAGUAUCAUGUUUAACUAUGCAGCGCUUGUUUAAGUAUGGAAAAACACAUCAAGUUCUCAGUUGCAUUUCCAUGUAUUUGACAUCAAGAAUAUAUUUAAAAUAGUAGAUUGUAAUCAAUAUAUUACAUAUAUUUUCCAGCUCUAUGUGCAGCUUCCAAAAGUCAGACUGUUUAAAGUUUGAUCUCUCUUGACCAAGUAAGCUCUCCGUUAGCUUAACAUUACCUUUAUAAAUGACUGGGUCAUGUGGUUACCUUUGGUUUGACUAUAAAAUGUUUACUUUCUGAUUAGGAAAAUGAAGUCUUUUAAGAGUCCUCUGGGCAGAUUUAUUUUCUUUCUGUCAACAUUAGGGCUAUUUGAAACCUACAAAGCUGCUACAACUGCUAUAAUGUUGAUGUCGCUCCUUUUUUCAUUUCACAGAUGAAGUCCUGUUCUGACACCGUUAUUGAAAGUGAAUGUUCAUCUUGCCUUCUAAUCAUAUUUAUAUUUCACUCAUAAUAUGUAUUUCAGUUUGGUCGCAUGUACACAUGUAUCUAAAAUAAGUAAUGAAGGUUUUUGUGUCAGAAAUGAAGUAGAGAACUGCACGUCGAGCUGGUUGUCUUUUCUCUGUGUGCGUGCGUGUGUGUGCGCACACACAUAAUCUCCCGCAGGUCUGUGCCAUUCCUUUACAACUUUCUUAUUUCUGCUAUUUUGCAUUUGACCCAAAAUGUAUCCUUAUGGAAUUCUGUAAGUAGCGGCAAUAUGUUCUUUAUUCCGAUACAGACUUCUCCUGUCACAUAGUUCUAACUAUUGCAUAAUCUAAGGGUGACAUGGUACAGGUUUCUCUCAUCUGUUCCUUUUUAUCAAGUUAUUGUAAGAUUAUCUUUUCAAUCUGUCUUGCAUGCACUUCUUUGUUAUGUAAGAGCAGGGUUUCUUAACAUUUUGUGGUCGCAGAACCAUUAAUAAGAGAGUUUUCAUGUUGAGAUCACAUGAAUUUGAUUUAAUGAGCAUGAUCAAUAGAUUAUAUAGAACUUAUGUUUCAAAGCAAAUUAAUUUAUUUUAUAUACAUACGUAUGAAAGAAAUAUAAAUAUAUCCAUGUUAUAAAUUUCACAUGUCUGCACCGUCAUAUUAAGCAACAUGGACUACAACGUCGAUACUGUGUUAGAGUGAUUUAACUUUAUAAAUGACUCAUAUGUUAUGCACUGGCCAAAGCUCUGAAUGACCUGACCGCUGGGUGUAACAUCCGCACAACAGAUGAAUUAACCUAAUGGUGGCGUUAAUUUUUCUUCCUUUUGAAGUGCACUGAAUAUUAAAUGAUCAUGUAGCCGUUUCCUUGAACCUCACCAUCUUUUCUGUCAUUUUUUGCAUCUGUACAAUAAAACAAGACGCCAUGGUCCCUGGCUUCCUCUUCCUAAA